AUGCUAAUGAACAGUCAUUCACUUUCAUUCUACUUAUAACACUAGCACUACAAAGAUGAGAUUUUUAUUUGUGUUGUGUUUCCUAACCCAUUCGAUUACCUGAAAUGGCAACGGUUAAGAACGGUUAUCAUUUUCCACUGUCUGGAUCAAAGUGAUGACAUUCUUCGCGUAUCUCAACGUAUGAGUAAGGUUUACGAUGGACGAAUUCAUUAUGAGGAUAUUUCCAACUUGUCUGUUAAUUUUUGGAACCAUAGUCACGUGAUGAGGUUCGAUUUUUCGGCGCUAGGAGCCGUAAUUGAUUCAACAUGUGCCAAAACUGUCGACUUAUUCAGAAUUAACUCCGCGUAUGAAUAUUUUAAUGCAUCAUAUUAUUGGCUGAUAUUUGGAAAUAAAUCCACCACGGGCUUACUGGAUAAGCAAAAUCUUAAUAUCGAUGCGAAGAUUACUCUGGCUGUCGGAACGGAUGAGUCUAGUGAAAAUUUCAACUUGUAUGAUGUGUUUAGUCCUAUGAGAAGGCGCGGAACGCCUUUGAACGUAACAUAUAUGGGAAGUUGGAGUACGAGUCAUGGAUUCAAAAUCAUAGUAAAUCAAUCUGAGUACGAGCGCCGGAUUGACUUCGGAGGGCUCUGGUUGAAAGCAGCAAUUGCGACUUUGGAUCAAGUUCAUAAUUUGCCUUUACGGGAGUUUUUAGCUAGUAACAAACCAUUGAAAGAGUACGGUUAUCAUAGACUUGGCUAUCAAAUAAUGGAACAUCUAAUGCAGAAGCAUAAUUUCACGUUGCAGUUGAUUCGCACACGGAUCUGGCAUUUCGAGAAUAUAGACGGACACUCGCCUAAAGGCAUGGUCGGGCAAGUGGCUACUAAACAAUCCGAUCUUGGCCUAAACGGUAUGGGGUAUAGACAGGACAGAGUUUACUCAUUCGAUAAUACUAUCACUAUUAUAGUAUCAAGACAGCUGAUUAUUUUUCGCCAUCCGAGAAAAAGUUCCUUGAGAAAUAUUUUCCUACAACCGUUUCGAUUUGAUCUCUGGAUAGGAACGCUGGUCCUCAUGGCGUUCGCUUCGAUAUUAUUGUUUGGAAACUUUAUGGCUGAAAGUUUGAAAAAGCGCUUUAGCAACAAAAUCCAAGAUAACAGAAGAUUAUCUUUUUUGGUUAUCUUCGGAAUUAUUUGUCAGCAAGGUUUCGCUACCAAAACAUUUCUCGGUUCAACGAGAACCACUUUGAUCACUAUGUUGAUGUUUUCUUACUUUAUUAUACAAUUUUAUUCGACCUACAUCGUGGGUUACCUCCUAAUUGCUCCGCCCAAGUUUAUGAACACACUGAGGCACUUGAUAGACAGCGAUUUAAAAGUGUUAAUUGAAGAUAUAGGCUAUAACAUUGAAUAUCUCAAUACAACCAGAGAUCCACUAGCUGUUGAAUUAAACAAACGUAAAAUUUUAACAGGAGAGAACAAAUUCGUUAACGUUACGACGGGAGUCGCCCAGGUCAAGAAGGGCGGUUACGCCUUUCAGUGCGAUACGGGCUACGCAUACCCACUGAUAAUGAGAACGUUUACGGACCAGGAAAUAUGCGAUUUACAGGAAAUGCUCCUAAACCCACUACGUAUACUGCAUUUGCCCCUACGCAAAGGUAGUCCAUUCAAGCUAAUGUUUCGUGUCACAUUGCGCAAAUUGGAAGAAAGUGGGGUCCUCAAGACCUACCAAAAACGGUAUGGCACUGGUAAACCAAAAUGCGCGAUGAGCUCUCAAGAAACUCAGGCUGUUGAUUUGGAACAUGUUUCGACUUUGUUUGUAGGAUUGUUUGUUAGCAUUCUUGGUAGCUUUUGUGUGUUGCUGUUAGAACUGCUACACUCGCAGGUUUCAAAGUGGCGACAGAAUAGGGAACCCUGA